UGCGACCACGGUGGAGAUGUGGAGCACGCAGCCACGGCAGCUGUGUGAGAGCGCGAGACGGUGUGGGAUUGUGUGUGUGUGUGAGAGUGAGAUAGUGUGUGAGAGUGAGGCAGCGUGUGGAUCGGGGGCUCAGACAGAGUUGGGGGUUGAACCGUGCGUCGCCCUGUCGGGAUAAUCCGCCGCCAUGGUGAACCAGAAGCAGCGAGUGGAGGGAGCCUGGCAGUCCUCCAAGAGUGACUCCAGCAACAGCACCAGCGGCGGGGAGAGCUCCAAGGAGAGCUCGCGCUGCUCCACGCCGGUGCUGGACGCGGACCGCUCGGACCGGCUGCGCGACAAGAUGCGCCGCAGGAUCGAGUCCGGGGACUGCUGGUUCUCGCUGGAGUUCUUCCCCCCGCGCACGGCCAGCGGAGCCGUCAACCUCAUCUCCAGAUUCGAUCGCAUGGGUUCCGGGGGUCCUCUGUUCAUCGACAUCACCUGGCACCCAGCAGGGGACCCGGGCUCGGACAAGGAGACCUCCUCCAUGAUGAUCGCCAGCACGGCGGUGAACUACUGCGGCCUGGAGAGCGUCCUGCACCUGACCUGCUGCAACCAGACCAGAGAGGUCAUCACUGGCCACCUGGCCAAAGCCAAACACCUGGGCCUGAAGAACAUCAUGGCCCUGAGGGGGGACCCGAUGGGAACAGACUGGGAGGAGGAGGAGGAAGGCUUCAACUACGCCGUCGACCUGGUCAAACACAUCCGAGCCGAGUUCGACUCCUACUUCGACAUCUGCGUGGCCGGAUAUCCGACCGGACACCCAGAGGCGGAGAGCUACGAGGAAGACCUGCUGCACCUGAAGGAGAAGGUGGAGGCCGGAGCAGACUUCGUCAUCUCGCAGCUCUUCUUCAGGGCCGACACCUUCCUCAAGUUCCUGGAUGACUGCAGGAGGAUCGGCAUCAGCUGCCCCAUCCUGCCGGGAAUCUUCCCCAUCCAGGGUUACCAGUCUCUGCGUCAGCUCGUCAAGCUGUCCAAGCUCGAGAUCCCCGAGGAGAUCACCGAAGUCAUCGAACCCAUCAAGGACAACGACGCCGCCAUCCGGAACUACGGCAUCCACCAGGCGGUGGAGAUGUGCCGAGUGCUGCUGGACAGUGGGAAGGUGCCCGGGCUGCACUUCUACACCCUGAACCGAGAGGUGGCCACCAUGGAGGUGCUGCGACAGCUGGGUCUGUGGAUCGAAGACCCCAGGCGGCCCCUCCCCUGGGCCGUGAGCGCCCACCCCAAGAGGAAGGUGGAGGACGUCCGGCCCAUCUUCUGGGCCUCCAGGCCCAAGAGCUACAUCUACAGGACCCAGGACUGGGACGAGUUUCCCAACGGCAGAUGGGGAAAUUCCUCCUCGCCAGCUUUCGGGGAGUUAAACGACUACUACCUGUUUUACCUGAAGAGUAAGUCGUCCAAAGACGCUCUGCUGCAGAUGUGGGGCGAGGAGCUGAUGAACGAGGAGAGCGUGUUUGAAGUCUUCACCUCCUACAUCACAGCUCAGCCCAACCGCAAUGGACACAAGGUGAUGUGUUUGCCGUGGAACGACGAGCCUCUGGCUCCUGAAACCAACCUGCUGAAAGACGAGCUGGACAAGGUGAACCGGAGGGGAGUCCUGACCAUAAACUCUCAGCCCAACAUCAACGGGAAGCCGUCCACAGACCCCAUCGUGGGCUGGGGGCCCCCGGGGGGCUACGUCUUCCAGAAGGCAUAUCUGGAGUUCUUCACCUCCAGUGAGAACGUCAGCGCUCUCCUCAAAGUCCUGAAGAAGUACGAACCUCGAGUCAACUACCACAUCGUCAACGUUCAUGGCCUUAACUUGACCAACGCCCCGGAGCUGCAGCCCAACGCCGUGACCUGGGGCAUCUUCCCGGGCAGGGAGAUCGUUCAGCCCACCGUAGUGGAUCCAGUCAGCUUCGUGUCCUGGAAGGACGAAGCUUUUGCCCUGUGGAUUGAACAGUGGGCCAAACUUUACGAAGACGAGUCGCCGUCAAGGAUGAUCAUCAAGUACAUCCACGACAACUACUUCUUGGUCAAUCUGGUGGACAACGACUUUCCUCUGGAGAACUGCCUGUGGCAGGUCAUCGACGACAUGUUUGAGCUGAUCAACGAGUCUCUGGAGCAACUCAGAGACUCCGGGGACCGGCUCCGAGCUCCCGGGGAGCAGCUGGGAGCCUCCGGGGAUCAACUGGGAGCGUCCGGGGACGGGAUCGGAGCGUCCGGGGACGGGAUCGGAGCGUCCGGGGACGGGCUCGGAGCGUCCGGGGACGGGCUCGGAGCGUCCGGGGACGGGCUCGGAGCGUCCGGGGACGGGCUCGGAGCGUCCGGGGACGGGCUCGGAGCUUCCGGGGACGGGCCGUCUGGCGAUCAGCCACACAGGGAUAAGUGAAUAACACUAACAAUUUACCUUGAACUGAUGUGUAGCUUAUUGUGUUUUUGUAGUUUUUUUUUUUUUUUUUAUAUAUAAAAAAAUGUUUUAAAUCUUU